AUGGUCUACAAAGUCACGCCUCCUUCCAGCCCGUCCCUGUCGGAUGGCGACAGCGAGAGUCACGACUCUCAUCUGGACAGUCUCUGCUCCUCGCCCCAAAGCAAUGUACAUUUCCCUCAAUCACAUACUAAUAGCAGCAGCAGCUUUGGUGGAUACGAUUCCAAGCCGCCGUCCCGCGACUGCACUGCUGGCCCUCACUCCCACGGAGGCAUCCCAAAAACAAGCCAUGGCCACCCACUGAUGACCCGGUUCCACCAGGCCAAGGAGGCGCUCUCCAGGGCCCUGGGCGAGUUCAUGGAUGCGGCCAUGGCCCUCGGCGAGCACCCCGAAGACAUCCUCGCCCUUGUCGACCACGAUUCGUUGACGGAUCUUGCCCGGCUCUCGUCCACAGCCGCCCUGGCCUUCCCCAAGGUCUCGCUCUUUGGAGCGGCUCCGACCCAGACCGACGGCAUCGAGGCUGCAGUUCCCGAGCCCACCCAGGACAGCCUGGGCGAGGCCGUUACCGAACAACCCCUGCCCCCGACCCCCCUGGUCUCGAGCACCAUCCCGGGAUCCAACGGCGCCCGACCCGAGAGAAAGCGGCGGUCCAGCAAACACCAACCUCAUGAGCACACCCGUCAGCUCGACCACAUGCAUCUGCUUGCCAAGGAGAACAAGGUUCUGCGGGCGCAGCUCGACAUUGCAGUCGAGGCCCUGUCCCGCGCGAACCGACGCAUCCGGACCGAAAUCAGCCUCUCGGACGCCCGCGCUGAGCGAUACGAAGCUCGAAUCAGCGAUCUCGAGUACACUCUGUCGGCAGCGCAUGGGGAACUCACCGACAUGUCGCAACGGGUGCAGAAGCUGGAGAGCCAGCUCACGUCCUCGCAGGAGAUGGCCCUCACCAGCCGCCACGAGUCGGAGCAGUACCGAGCGGCGUACGGCCAGAUGGAGACCCAGCUGCGCGACUGGAAGGACCGCGAGCGAUCGUACAUUCGCACGCUUUCGAGCGAGCUGGCCGGCGCCAAGGACACGGUCCAGCAGCUUCUGCAGGAGCGCGAGCGAUGGGCCAGCCAGCAGGACGACCUGCUCCGCGAGUACAAGGCGCUGAAGCGGGCCAACCAGCUCCGGGUCAAGGAAGUGAUGAAUCUGAAGGCCAUGAUGGCAUCGAAGCACUCGCACCGGUCCAUGAUUCUAUGUGGCCACGACAACGAUAAGGACAGCGACAGCGAGCACGGCUCGCCCUCGACCCCGGCCAUGACCUGCUCCUCACCCGGUGCGCUUUCUGGCAAGAGCAUAAACCUCUACCGGUACUAG